AUGAAUGUGCUCAAACUGCAAAAGAAAUAUCCUCAAUUUAAUCAACAAGAUAUUUUCGAUCUCAUAGCAGCAUUCAACAAGAUUGAUUUAGAUGGAAACGGUGCAAUAGAACAGAAAGAAGCUGUGAAAGCUCUCCAGGAUAUGGGUGAAAGUCAAUCUUAUGAUGAAAUUAGGGCUGCUUUAAAAGAAGUAGACUUGAGUUCAACUGGUAAAGUUGAAGUCGAAGAAUUUGUUGAGCUUAUCGCCAAAGUGCGCGAGGGGCGUCUAAAGGGUGCUUUCCAAGUCAGCCAGCACAAGAUUACUGUUCAGGGUUCCAGUGCAAACGUCUCUCAUACAAUCAACGAAGAUGAGCGAACCGAAUUUACGCGUCACAUAAACCAAGCACUCGCACAUGACCCAAAUUUGGCAGAUAAGCUCCCUGUUCCUACAGACACUAUGCAAUUAUUUGAUGAAUGCAAAGAUGGGUUGAUUCUUGCAAAAUUAAUCAAUGACUCAGUACCAGACACUAUUGAUGAGCGUGUAUUAAAUCUUGCAUCAAAAGGAAAGAAACUCAACAAAUUCAAGAUGACUGAAAAUAACAAUCUUGUGAUUUUUUCCGCAAAGGGUAUUGGGUGCAGUGUGGUCAAUAUCGGUUCAGCAGAUCUAAUCGAAGGAAGAGAACAUUUAAUUCUUGGGCUUAUAUGGCAGAUCAUAAAGAUAGGGCUGUUGAAUAAGAUUGAUAUCAAACUGCAUCCAGAAUUGUAUCGUUUAUUGGAAGAAGAUGAGACACUAGAACAGUUUUUGAAAUUACCGCCUGAUCAGAUUCUGUUGAGAUGGUUUAAUUAUCACUUGAAGGCUGCUAAAUGGCAUCGCACAGUGAAAAACUUUAGCAAAGAUGUAGCUGAUGGUGAAAACUACACGAUACUACUUAACCAACUGGUACCAGAUGUGUGUUCAAGAAGUCCACUAAAUACGAGAGAUUUGUUGGAAAGAGCCGAACAGGUACUUCAAAAUGCCGAGAAGAUAAAUUGCAGGAAAUAUCUUACGCCGAAGGCUCUCGUUGCAGGCAACCCCAAGUUGAAUCUUGCUUUUGUCGCUCACUUAUUCAACACUUAUCCUGGACUGGCUCCACUCGAUGAAACGGAGAAAGCCGAGAUCGAAGAGUUUGAUGAUAGUGAUGAUAGGGAAGCAAGAGUGUUUGCGCUUUGGCUCAACAGUUUGGAUGUGACGCCGGCGGUAAACAAUUUAUACGAAGAUGUGCAGGAUGGUAUUAUCUUGCUCCAAGCCUUCGAUAAGAUACGACCCAAUACAGUUAAUUGGAAGAAGGUUAACACGAAACAACCUCUUUCCCGAUUCAAGCAAGUAGAAAACACAAAUUAUGCCAUCCUUGUUGGCCGACAAUUGCACUUUACGCUCGUGAACAUGCAAGGUGCCGAUAUUUGUGACGGAACCAAAACACUCAUCCUCGGACUAGUCUGGCAAAUGAUGAGACUAAACAUUAUUCAGACACUCACAAGCUUAUCGAAAGGUGGAAAAGAGGUUACUGACCAAGACUUAAUUAACUGGGCCAACGAUUUUGUGAAAAAGAGUGGCAAGUCAACGAAGAUUAACAGUUUCAAGGAUCCAACGUUGAGAAAUGCAUUAUUCUUUAUUGACUUGCUGGACAGUAUUAAACCGGGCAUUGUAGACUAUUCGUUGGUUACAAGAGGGGUUACCGAGGAAGAUGCGGCCCUGAAUGCCAAAUAUGCUAUUUCUAUAGCUCGUAAGAUUGGUGCUACAAUCUUUUUAUUACCCGAAGACAUAGUAGAAGUGCGACAUCGUCUUAUCUUGACCUUCAUCGGCAGUCUUAUGGCUGUUGCGGGGUAG